GCAUUCGGUUCCUGACAACGACUGACAACGGUUCUCUACGAUCUUAAGUGCUACAGCGAUAAACUAAGUUUGCAGUUCUCCACUGUUCGGACGAUACAAAGAAGACUAAGCUCUCGAGCUAUCAAUAAGUUAAAUAAAUUUAAAAUAAAAACAACAUAAAUAUUAAAAAUAUUAUUGUUUCGUGUCGUGAGUUAAAUAAUGUUUGGCAAAAUGGCUGCUACACGUGAGCAAGCCAGAUGCCAACAAUGAGCAACCAGCUGGGAGAGAAACGUGAACAGUCUUACGCAGAAGUAAGCUCCUUCCAGAUGAGCGACAGCUUAUCCCGCAACAUGGAACCAGUGAAGACGGGUCGCAUCUUUCUGGCUGCUGUGGCAGCCAACUUGUCCGCCUUUGUGGUGGGCACCUGCCUGGGCUGGACCUCGCCCAUUUUACCAAAACUGAAGAGCAACGAUACCUCGGACUCGCCCCUGGACAGACCUAUAACGUCUGACGAAGAGGCCUUGAUAUCCUCGCUCAUUGCAAUUGGCGCCCUGGUGGCGCCCUUCAUCGCCGGCCCACUGGCGGAUCGGGUCGGACGCAAGUGGGUGCUACUCUCCAGCAGCCUCUUCUUUGUGCUUGCCUUCGUGCUCAACAUAGUGGCCUCCCAGGUCUGGAUCCUGUAUCUGUCUCGUGUGAUUCAGGGCUGUGGCGUGGGCUUCGUCAUGACCGCACAGCCCAUGUACGUGGGUGAGAUCUCCACAGACAAUGUGCGCGGUGCCACCGGCUCACUGAUGCAGCUCUUCAUUGUUUGUGGCAUUUUGUAUGCUUACGCCAUCGGGCCGUUUGUGUCGUACCAGGCGCUGCAGUGGGGCUGCUUGGUGGUGCCCAUCAUCGCGGAUGUGGUGUUCUUCUUCAUGCCCGAGAGCCCGUACUAUUUGGCCGGCAAGGGACGCAAGACAGCUGCUGUGCGCUCUCUGCAGUUUCUACGUGGCCAGAGCGCGGAGGGCGUGCACGACGAGAUGGCCGUGAUACAGGCCAAUGUUGAGGAGGCCAUGGCCAACAAGGGCAAUAUGCUGGAUCUGGUCAAGGUGGGCAGCAAUCGCAAGGCGCUGCUCAUUUGCGCCGGCCUCAUCAGCUUCCAGCAGCUGUCGGGCAUCAAUGUGGUGCUCUUCAACAGCCAGUCGAUCUUUGCCAGCGCCAACACUGGACUGGAUCCUGCCAUUGCCACCAUCAUUAUUGGAUGCGUGCAGGUGACCUCAUCUGGCUUAACGCCCAUCGUCGUGGAUCGGAUGGGCAGGAAACUGCUGCUGCUCAUCUCGGCCAGUGUCAUGAGCAUUGGCCUGGCGGCCCUGGGCGGCUUCUUCUACAUGAAGCUGGUCGUGGGCGAUAUCUCCAGUGUGCUCUGGCUGCCAGUGCCGGCCCUGAUCAUCUACAACAUUGUCUACUGCACGGGCUUCGGUCCACUGCCCUGGGCCGUGCUUGGUGAAAUGUUCCCGGCCAAUAUCAAGUCCGCCGCCUCCUCUGUGGUGGCCAGCACCUGUUGGAUUCUCGGCUUCCUGGUCACACGCUACUAUCCGGCACUUGAUGCACUUGGCUCCUACUAUGCAUUCUGGCUCUUCUCCGGAUUCUGCAUAGUAGCAUUUUUCUUUGUCAUGUUCAUCGUCGUAGAGACCAAGGGCUUGAGCCUGAACCAGAUUCAGGUUCGUCUGGGUAGCAAGAAAUAGAUUUAAUUGUAAUGUACAGAUCCUUGCCGACCCUAUAUACUUAAGUCAUGUACGCAAGUAUUUAAUUAUUUAUUUAUAAGAAUAUUUUUACAUUAUUGUUUCAUUGAAAUAAAAACUUAUAAGAUUUA